AUGAACAUAUUAACCCCAAACCCACAUCAUGCAUCCCUCCUCUCACUCACUCAGCUCCUCCACCUCACACACCAUCGCAACAAAAAUCAACACCGUCUCUCAAAAUGGUACAUAUCCUUUGGAAUCUUCCGCCGCCAAGUAUCUCGUCUCCUAUCUAUCAUCCCAGAACAUGUGAUGGAAUCAUCACGUGGAAAAGUGAAAGGGAAAGCUCGGGAACGAAAAGAGAGGGAAGAGAGAGAAUUACAGAGACUGGUUAGAUUUAUUCAAGAGGAAGUGGUACCGGGAUGUUAUCUGGCAUUUAGUCAAUUGGUAGCCAAUAAUCAAUAUGCUACUUUAGGAUUGAUGUUAAUGGGAUGUCUGGCCCGAUUAUAUAAAGUUCUCGGUGCACUGAGAGUUUUAAAUGCAGAGGAAAUUGCAGAACAAGCAGGAGUUGUAAAUGAGACGCCGCAAUUGAACGCGGCAGAGAUGGAAGAAGAUAUGGGCGAGAAGAUCGUACGAGACGUUCCAGUUCCAGAGGUGGAAGAUAACCAAAAAGUGGAAAGAAAAGAGGAAGAUGACACUGGCGUUGAGAAAGCGAAACCAAAGAAGAGGAAACAGGAAGGUAAAGUAGUGGAGCUGAAGACUUCUAAGUUAGCAUCAUCAGAUUCGAUGCCGGCGAAACCACCUAAGAAGAAGAGAAAAAAGAAGGGUGGAGACGCUAUCGAAGAUUUGUUCGCUGGUUUAAUUUAA